CAUCUACGCUGUGAAGUGCGCCGCUUGUCACAGAACCUCCUCGGACUUGUAUUGUGUAGCACGUGUGCUUUACGAAACGGUUGAUAUCAGUGGUGUAGUAAAUACCGCUUACAGAAUACAUUUUUUUCGGUCAGCGUUAAUACACACUUACCUCUUGCGAAACUACGUUUGCUGUUGGACCACGCUUGUUGACGGUGCAAAUUACAUUGAGAAAAAAUUUCUAAGCUUCCAGCUAUUUCGUUGCUGUAUCAUAGUCAGGCAUCAAUCUUGGAAGUAACAUGUGAAUUUGGCAAUAUUUCGCCUCAAAAUGUCGAUGCAACAAAAGCGCGAUGACCUUGGGAAGCUUCUCGCUUGUUUUCUGGUAUCAAGGAAAGGCGACAGUACCAUAUAUGAACUAGAGAGAGAUUAUAAAGAAAACGAGGGCAGACCUAUACCCUAUCGAGAUUUUGGAUGUAUCUCUGUGUUGGACUUUUUGCGCAGUAUUCCAGAUCACGUGAGACUCUCGCCAUCGAAUGGAACACAUUUAGUGUUCCCUGUUGUAUCGGAAAAGAUUAAACACGUUAACGAUCUGGUAGUAAAGCAAAGAGCCGCUAAGAAAAGUUGCUCAUCACGUCGAAAAACCAGCAAGCCUUCCAGGUAUUGUCCGAGGCUCAGGGAACCAAGUCCAUUUAUACCAAAUAACGUGCAGAAAGAAAUUGCUAGUAUACUUACCAGAGAGCCAAAUGGUGUGAAGAAAGAUUAUAUUGUGCAAUACUUGCAAAAUUCACGUUCAAUCGCUGGUACAGUCGAUCUGACGAAUGUUGAUGAUUACUUGACAAGCAUGUCCCAUAUUGCUUACACGAGAGGCAACAUGGUUUUUCCAAGCCUUUCUCUUCAUGUUACCAGUAAUGUAGCACAGCAUAACACACAACCGCCCAAUCGGCCUGAAGCGGGGAAAUCAAACAUGUCAGAAACCCCUCAACCUAUGAUGAGCAUCAACAGCACACCAGUGAUGAACACUUACCCUGCUGGUGCCGAAGAAGAUGAAGAUAUGUUUUAUGACGAUGAAUUUGGAGAUGAAGAGAUUAGGCUUCACUGUGCAUCCAUGGGUAAUUACAAAGUUGACACUGAUAAUCAGCCUCAGCAGUCAUCAUGGACAAGUUUAGAACAAGGUGUAGGAAGAAUGUCUUCGGCAGAAUUUAUUGCACGUGGUGCAGGAUCAUAUGAACAAAGGCAAUCGCAGACCAAUACGUUACAUCUAAGAAAUAAUAAUAUAGACGAAGAGGCUAUGAACGAAUUAACUUACAGCACUUAUGCAUCCGACGACGAAGAAUUUGACAUAAUUAACGACAGAUUAAAGUCACGUUUGCAACAAUUAAUUCAAAAACAUCCAGAUGGAAUAUGGUGUGCCGAUCUACCGCAAACAUUUUUGGAUGAAUACAGUGUUCCAUUGGACUAUGCAGAACUCGGGUUUCAAAGUGUUUGCGACCUUGCAUCCCGCCUUCCGAGUAUUUUCCACCUAUGUAGAUGGGAUAAUCGCGGUGAUUUCAUAUUGUACGACGCCACGGAACCCGUACCCACGAAUAUCAAAAAAACUGAUUUUGAUGAGCAGGAUUCUGAUUGGGCAGAUGCCAUUGAUGAUGACUACGAGGAUAUCGAUCCGAUUCCUCCGACACUGGAUUUACAAGAAUCACAAAAAUUGAUACCCCAUGAUGUAAUGAGCCAUGGCGAAAGUGUUGGUCAACAGAGGAUACCAGAAUUUCCCUCUGAUGGAUGUGUCCACCACCUGGAAGUUUUUGUUUCAGAAGUUUAUACGCCCAGUUUGUUCUGGGUUCAUUUACGGAAAAAACGCCUGAAAUUGGGACAGCUAAUGGAAAAUAUGCAUGAAUUCUAUCAGCGAGAAGGACUUAAUUAUACUAUCCCAACCGUCAUACUAGAAAAAGGCUUGAAUUGCGUUUGCAUGUUUGAAGAUAAAUGGCAUCGAGCCAUAAUCAAAACUGUAAAACCAGAUGGAGAUGUUACGUUGAUAUUUUAUGAUUAUGGUACAACCAAAACGUAUCCAUCAGAAGAUGUGAGGUUCUUACAUAGACUAUUCUCAAAUUUGCCUGCUCAAUCAAUUCCUUGUGGAUUGUACAACAUUAGACCUUUAAAACACGAUGCUUGGACAAGAGGAGCAAGUUCAGAUUUUUGGGAUAAAGUUGCCGAUAUACCUCUAGUUGCUAUCGUCAAUAAAGUUGACAGAGAGAAUAAUUCAAUGCUGAUAUCAUUGGUUGACACACGAGAACAAACAGAUGACCAUAUAAAUGACUGGAUGGUACAUAAAGGACUGGCGGAAUUUGGUAGCAUGGGGGAUACCGUUGCCUUGGAGAGUUCAUACCUAGAUGACCGGAAAAUUGAUCUACAAGAAACAAUAAAAGGGACAGAAAAUGUGCCGCUAAUUUCACCCCAAAGUAUUUUACUUGAAAGUUCAGCGAAAUCUGUGAGACCGCCACCAGGUUUCACAAAACCUUUGGAACCCUCAGAUUUUGCAGCUUUGGUUAGUGAAUAUUUAAGUGGCAAAGACUACACCAGUACUGAAAUGGGAAACUCUCCAUUUUUUAAUUCCUCUGAUGCAAAUGAGAAUAACAAUCCCAUAGUACCACCGUCAGAAGCAAUCAUGGAACUUUUGAAAAAGCCAUGGGAAAUAUAUUUGCAAUUAACAACAAUUUUUCAUCAGCUUCUUUUGCAAAAUGUCAACGUCCACACUACUAAUCAAACAAUGCAAAAUACUUCUUGCACAACAGCGUCACCAUCUACAACUAAAAAUUCAGAUAUGCAACGGUCAACUACAAAUCCAUUUCAAACUUAUCAGGAAAACAAUAAUGAAGACCUCGCAACAACUAUAAAUGGCUGUGCAGCAUCAAGUGAUUAUUCUACAAACGUGAAUACUGACGAGCCUAAUCUCCCUUGUUUUACCAGCAGUACACCUUUCUCUAAUUCAGACAAAACUGCAAGCGGGAGUAACAAAGAUUCUAAUUUUCGAACAUUCGAUGCACAAAAAUUUUUACAUGAAGAACAAGUUUUUCCUGCAAAAAAUGACAAUCAUCCACCUGCUAUGUUGAAUUCCACACAUGUAAAUAGCCAUAGCUUUGGUAUUGGUUAUCUAAAUGAAAGUUUGUCUAAUGGAGGCCCCACAAUUUUUUAUGAUAAAAACUCAAACUUACCUGCCACAGGUCAGUCGAACGUACAGAAUGAAAGUCAUGAUAUAAAAACAGCAAAUGAAUGCACAAGCUGUCACUUCUCUAAGCUUACAGAGAAUGAACAUUCAAUACAUGUAAAUAACGGAAAUGAAUUCUCUACACCAGAAAAGAAUGAAUCGUAUAAGAACACAUUCUCAAAUGCAAACCAGAAAAUCAUUGGUACAAACUGUGUGAACAGUGACGAAAACGGAGCUUUUACAAAAUGGGAAUUUCAUGAUACAAAUCCAUUCAAAGAAUAUGUUACGACAAACUUUUCACAUAACAUUAAGACUGAAAAAGAGGAGAGCUUUGCGGAAAAGUCUAUUAAUGUCAUUGAAAAACCACCCAUCCCGCCAAGAAAUCCAAAAUUGAUAAAUAAGACUGUCAUUGCCUGCAAAGACAAGAUCAAAGAAGUUAAAUGUGAUCAAUCAACCGAUGUUGGCACUGUUCUAAACAAACCGACAUCAAAUGUUUACUACAAAAGUGGUCCAGUGAUGUAUGACAUACAACAGAAUGAAACAAAUACAAAAAAUGACGAGCGUAGUGAACAAACUCCUGUAUCAACGACCUUGGUAAGUUUUCAAAACAACAGACUCUCUCACACAGUAAACUCGACACAAAAUGAUCCAAGUGCGCUGCCUUCUUAUGGAGAAGCAUCGAGCUAUCAAAAUUCCGUUUUUUCAGAAUCCAAUUCCGAAAUACAUACUGAUACAUUUGAUGGUAGUUUCACUCCGCAUCGCAGGCUUUCACCAAAUCAUCUACAAAGUUCAACUCCAAGAAUAAUAACCAAUACUUACAGGGCCCCUCCGCCUUCUUAUACUGAUACUAAUCAGAUGGUGUUUAGAAAUAAAAACAAGUCUCCUAUAUCACCACAAUUUAGUUCCCCAGUGCUAUCUGAUACUUCUAGAACUGCAAUAAACGAAAUCCGAUUAGCUACAGAAAUUGAUUUGUUUGACAAAUUGCAAUUUGUUCCAACAGAAACAUCAACUUCACCUAAGUAUGAUCAUGCAAUGAAAAAUAUAGGCACACACAGUCAACUAACAUCAUCAUCAUCAACUCCAAUGACAAAUAACCAUACUAUAUUUACAACCACUUUAAAUUCACACUCACACAAGCAAAACGUGGUAAAAAUCAAUGAUUCGUACAACGUAGAUUUAAUUUCACCAAAAUGUCGACAGGUCAAGCAAAGUACAAUCAAGUUGAAACAAGAAAGACUCGCUAAUUUGCGACAGAGAAUAGCAGCCAAGAUGACGUCAGUAUUACCUCCAGAGAAGGAAAAUAUGGAUCAAAACUUCACGAAGCAAGAAGAAGUUUUACCUGAUGUAGAACAAAAUGUCCCGAGAUUAUUGUCUUGGUCUAAACAGCAUCAAGAGACUUAUCAUCUUGACGAAAUUUCUCAAGGCAGUUCAGAAACACCAGUAAGUGGUCGAACCACGUGUGAAAUGAAAAUUGAACUUGACAACUGUACAGGAGCCCGAAAUAAAGAAAUAUGUAAUAGGAAGGAGAGACACAAUAAAUAUAGCACGACGCCAAAUCAAGAGAGUCCACGAACCUCGGUAAAUGGGCAGAACCUAUUUAAAAACGGGAAUGCUAAUUGUGAAAAUUCUAACCAGCAUGUAACAUUGAAUAACAAUAAUAAUCUGGAGUUCUGUGAUACCAAAGAUAUUAACACAUCACCUGAUGUUAUUCCAUACCAUCUUCAGCUGCAAUUUAUCAAUUUAAAUCCACACUUACCACAUUCAUACGGCCAACAACAUUAUGGAUCAAAUUAUCCAUACCGGGCACAACAACCUCAUAUAAUGCAACAUCCACCAGUAAUCCAGCAGUUACCAUUGUUCAGACCCAGUGCACCUAGAUUCUACACCCAUGCAUCCAACUGGCAUAGACCUCCAUUUGUCAAUCCAGCACCUAAUUAUCAGUUCACUAACAUUCCGUAUGCACAUCAAUAUUCACAGUCUUGGAAUCCAUAUCAUAAUUCACGCUUCUAUAUACCAAACCAAACCAACCAAACACCUCGUGUUCCGCUUGGAGCAUCCACAACAAAAUCACCAUCAAACACAGGAGUAGACUUUGAUAAAAAAAAAUUAUCAUCGAGAUUAAAUGACUCACAGAUACCUCCACAUCAGGCCAAGGCAAACAUAAACAUCGGCCAACAUUCGCAGAUGUCUGGUGAAAUUUCAGAGUUCUCAUCAUAUGAUACAACGCAAUCAGAUAGUUCAGGUUUCACAGAGUAUACAGAACAUUCUAAGAAUUCUAACGGACCUGAAGCACCAAUAGAUUCUCAUUCUAAUCGUUCAUCUGAAUAUGAUAACUGUGAUUUAUCAACGCACCUGGGUAAGUUGAGCUUAAGUACAGAUAAUCAUGACGUGACAAAAAAUGGACUUCUAAGUUCCAUUGAAGAAGAUACUGCCACUUCACCCAAAUAUGAUCAAGUAAUACCCGCAGCAGUUGUACCAUUAAGAGUUGUAUCAAAAAAGACAAGAAAUGAGAAUGAUAAUAAUAUUUCUCCACCCACUUCAUCUCGAGAUCUGACCAAAGUCUUCAAACCAAUUGAGGUAAAUUAUCAAGUGAUCUACUUGUUCAAUAUUAGAAAUGAAGGAUGGGUUUGUACUGACGAAAUUAUCUCAACCUUCACAAGCUACCCAAGUCGUAAUGUAAUCCUACGUUUACUAGAACUACUACAAAUAAACAUUGAUUUCUUGGAGGUGGAUAGAUCUCAAAGCCCGUUUUUAUUCACCCAAUUAGAUAGUACAAACAUACGUUUACCUAGAAUGACAAAUUCUAAAAGGAUUAAAGGUGUUUUACAUUUGACCCCAUUGAGGUCAUUAGGUCGAUUAAUGUUCUGCUUGGAAGUCAUUUCUGAAGAAGAGAUUCAGAAUUUGCGUGAAAAAAAACAGGCACCACUCGACUCAAAUUUGUACGGAUUGAUGAAAAUCAUCACCUCUUAUAAGCCAGAUGACGAGUAUUGGGUAUCAUGAAUCAUGUCAAAGCGUUUUUCGUUUCAUCCAAUUAAGUUUUACUUCCAACGAACCAGCUGAUGUUUUAGCGUGUACGAGAUGACAGAACUAAUAUGGUUUCUUAUCAGAAAGCACUCACAGUUAUAGUUGUUAUAUAAAUUUUAUACAUAGCAUAAGCAUAUUUCAGUUACGUGCCAAACUAUUGAAAAUCUUUCUUGAGUCAAUAAACUAUCGCAGCUUUUAUUAUUUUUAGUUUAAGAAUUGAAAGAAACUUUACUUUAUAGAUGUAUAGAAUAUUAUUUGUUUUGUUAUUAACUAAUCUAGCGUGCUAUAUCGUACAGAGAAUAUUGUUAAAAUAUUUACUGAUUGUGAGUAGAUAUUUGCAAAGAAUGCAAAAUUUGGGAGAGUAAAUCUAUGGAAAAAAAGUAUAAUUUUCUACAAGG